GUACGAAAGAAGGACUUGAGCUUGUACGGAAAACCAGAGAUCGGGGGCGAGAGAAGGAAGUAGGAUACGAGGCAUAGAUUGACGACGAAAAUGUAUCUGACCACUGAACCAUCGGGAGGUGGCAGACAAGGGGUUGCGAACGGUCAGCAAAUCGGGAAUGGACAAGCAUAUGGGGGUGCGACAGGAUACGCAGGAGGGGGUGGGAGAAUGGGAGGAGGGAAUAACGCGUGCUUCAACUGCGGAAAGCUGGGACACAUGGCGCACGAUUGCUGGUGGAGGCAAGGGAGAAACGUGGGGGGAUCACAAGUAGAUCCGGAGCUGGAGGAGAUCAAGGAGCAGUUUAGGAUGGCUCGUAAAGAAAAACUGGAACAGGAGGAGAAGAGGAAAAAGGAAGAGGAGAAGAGAAUCAGAGAAGAGGAGGAGACCAAGAGAAACUUAGAGUUCGCGUGGAAAGCGGAGGAGUUUAAGCAGCAGCUGCGUACGGAACUCUUUGAGGAAUGGAGGAGAAACCAGGCAGACGCUGUGAAAGCAACGGAGAAGAGUGAAAAAUCGGCGAAGAAGACGAGGAAGAAAAAGAAGAGGCACCUGACAGAACAUGGCGGACCAAAGAGGCGGAGAGCUCGAAGGAAAAGGAGAACUAGUGAUUCAAGUGAGGACUCGGAAUCGUCAUGCUCCACUGAUGACGAGAACACGUCAGAAGAUACGUCGUCGGGAUCUGAAACGAGUGGAAAGAUCACACGGAACAAGGAGCGCGUGAAGCGAGGGACCGCGAACAAGAGGACCAAGGCCAAAAUGAAGAACAGCAAGGACAAGGGGAAGAUUGAAGAGAUGCGCACACCAAUAAGGACGUACGAGAAAGGGGAAAGUUUCAGGGUUCGGAAACAACCGCAGGUAAUGGAAGAGGAGAUGCGGGGGGGGAAAUCUCUUGAUGAGGAAGAGCCUAAGACACCUCUGACGGGAGGCUUUAAGGGGCUGGCUGCAGGGUGUUCGCAGAAAGGCUUGAUAGAGUAUUGCAUAUCGGGACACAAGAUCUUUUCGGCAAAAAAGGCGGACGCGCUCAGGAAGAUAUGUGAACAGGGAGGAAUUAAGUACACCAAGAAGCCAGAGAUUGUGGAGAUUCUAGCUAGACACCAGGUACAACUAGCCUACGAUGGAUUCGACGACGCACAAGCUAAUGAGAAAGACACCAUGAAGACGAAGGCAUCAGGGACACCAAGGAAAGAGUUCGUAAAGGACAGAAUUUCGGUGGAGAGACCUGCGAAGAGGCAAGAGCCAACCAUUAUUCGAUCGGCUCCAGUACAGCUGAGAGAGGAAUCGAACUGAAGGUUAACAGCACCAUCAAACGCUGAACUUUGGGAGGAACUCGGUAGAUGGUUGGGUUGGAGGACAAAGCUGAGGGGACAAGGGAUUACCGACGAAGUAGGUAGAAGGGUAGAGAGUGCCAUUACGUCGACUAUGCUCCUUCUGGCAGUACAGGGACAGAUACCGUGGCUAGAUAAAUACAUUAUUAGAUC